GCUCGAGCUGGCGGGCGGCACAGGCAGGCAGCAGCCGCGGCAGGCGCACGGGCCGCUUCAAGGGAGCCGGGGGCAGCAGGAUUCUAAGAAGGAGAGGGGCGAGAGGGGGCCGGGCUGGGCGGGCUAGGGAUACCGCGCUCUCCCAACAGCACGGAUCCUUUUUGGAAAUUAAUAUUAAAAGAAAAAAAAAAAAGAUAGAGGGGAAGGUGGGAGCAAGAGAGAAGGCAAGACACACACAGAGAGAGCGAGAGACACAGAUCCCCACAGUGAGAGGAAGAAAGGCCACAGUCGCAGGCAGCCGAUGUGAAGACUGGACUCCUUGCGCCCCUCGCCGCCUCUGCCCGGCCACAUCGAUGUUGCAGCCCGCUCGCCCGCAUCACGAUGAACGCACAGCUGACCAUGGAGGCGAUCGGCGAGCUGCACGGGGUGAGCCAUGAGCCGGUGCCCGCCUCUGCUGACCUGCUGGGCGGCAGCCCUCACGCGCGCAGCUCCGUGGGGCACCGCGGCAGCCACCUGCCUCCCGCGCACCCGCGUUCCAUGGGCAUGGCGUCCCUGCUGGACGGCGGCAGCGGAGGCAGCGAUUACCACCACCACCACCGCGCCCCUGAGCACAGCUUGGCAGGCCCCCUGCACCCCACCAUGACCAUGGCCUGUGAAACUCCCCCAGGUAUGAGCAUGCCCACCACCUACACUACCUUAACCCCUCUGCAGCCGCUGCCGCCCAUCUCCACCGUGUCCGACAAGUUCCCUCACCAUCAUCACCACCACCAUCACCACCACCACCCACACCACCACCAGCGCCUGGCGGGCAACGUGAGCGGUAGUUUCACACUUAUGCGGGAUGAGCGCGGGCUGGCCUCUAUGAAUAACCUCUAUACCCCCUACCACAAGGACGUGGCUGGCAUGGGCCAGAGCCUCUCGCCCCUCUCUGGCUCCGGUCUGGGCAGCAUUCACAACUCCCAGCAAGGACUUCCCCACUAUGCUCAUCCCGGCGCGGCUAUGCCCACCGACAAGAUGCUCACCCCAAAUGGCUUUGAAGCCCACCACCCUGCCAUGCUCGGUCGCCACGGGGAGCAGCACCUCACGCCCACCUCGGCCGGCAUGGUACCCAUCAACGGCCUUCCUCCGCACCAUCCCCAUGCCCACCUGAAUGCCCAGGGCCACGGACAGCUCCUGGGCACAGCCCGAGAGCCCAACCCUUCGGUGACAGGCGCGCAGGUCAGCAAUGGAAGUAAUUCAGGGCAGAUGGAAGAGAUCAAUACCAAAGAGGUGGCUCAGCGUAUCACCACCGAGCUCAAACGUUACAGCAUCCCACAGGCCAUCUUCGCGCAGAGGGUGCUCUGCCGUUCCCAGGGGACCCUUUCGGACCUGCUGCGAAACCCCAAGCCCUGGAGCAAACUCAAGUCGGGUCGGGAGACCUUCCGGAGGAUGUGGAAGUGGCUGCAGGAGCCGGAGUUCCAGCGCAUGUCGGCGCUCCGCUUAGCAGCCUGCAAACGGAAAGAGCAAGAACACGGGAAGGACAGAGGCAACACCCCCAAAAAGCCCAGGCUGGUCUUCACAGACGUCCAACGUCGAACUCUACAUGCAAUAUUCAAGGAAAAUAAGCGUCCGUCCAAAGAAUUACAAAUCACCAUCUCCCAGCAGCUGGGGUUGGAGCUGAGCACUGUCAGCAACUUCUUCAUGAAUGCCAGGAGGAGGAGUCUGGACAAGUGGCAAGACGAGGGCAGCUCCAACUCAGGCAGUUCAUCAUCCUCAUCAAGCACUUGUACCAAAGCAUGAAGGCAGAAGAACCACGGACUAGAACCUCGGUGGAAAAGCUUUAAAUUAAAUUAAAAAAAAAAAAAGUUUUUAAAGACCAGGACCUCAAGAUAGCAGGUUUAUACUUAGAAAUAUUUGAAGAAAAACAAGUGGUAUUUAUAGUCCAAAGAAACCAAAGACUGAAGCUCACCUGCAUUCUGACUUUGUUCAGAGACACAUACUUCAGCGGGGCAAGACCCGGCAGGAAAGAUGAUGGGCAAAACAUCGGAUCUCACGCCUUCAACCCCUGCACCUCACUGUGCUUGGCUGCUCAGUGGCUCUAAGCACAGUAAUGUUUGAGCCAUCGAGUGGACAUCCUUUAAGAUCAGACAUUCUUAUCUGUUCCACCACACCACAAAGGUGUGCAGUGUUUCAAUAUCACGUGUGGGUGUGGAUGUGUGUGUGUACACACACACAUCUACACACACGCAACAACAACAGUGGUUAGGGACUCAGGCAGGGCUGGUCUUCAGGAAGGGUUGCACCAUAGGAGUGUGACCAACCCGGUGUGGGAUUUCUAAGUUCAUUGGAUCUGAGAUGUGAUUUCUCUCAUCUAGCCUAGCGUUUGAACCUGCCAGGCCCACAACCUAAAUGCAGAUUCAAACCCAGCAGAGAAAAUUUGAAUGGCACCUAAACCAGUGCACUCUCUUUGUUUGUUAAGAAAUGUUCAGAUAUUUUUUAAAAGAAAAAUGAAACAAGAGUCCAUCCAUUAAAAAAAAAAAUCACCUAGGUACCAAAGAACACACAGUAUUAUAGUGCAGGUAUUUUAUUGCAAUGAUUUUAAUAACCAAAGCUAUUUUUACACAAGAUACUAUGUAAAGUUAUACUUAUGAACUGAUCUAGCUGUAAUCCACAUGCCACAUAGAUUCAGGACUAUUAUUUAUGACUCUUGAAAGCAUUUGAAAUAUGAAUUUUCAGAACUGGCAAGGAAGACGGUGGCUUCAGGGAAGCAGUUACCAUCCCAACAGAGAGUCUGACACGAUGCAUGUGGGACCCCAUAAAUGCCGCUUACACACAGAAAAGACUUAAUAAUCUACUCACAGCCGAGAAGAUGUGAGGACCCUUUCAGAGUAGGGCCCUGUAUAAACACUAGAAAACUAAGCUUAACACAAAGAUAAUUAAAUAACGAAAAUUGUCCAGAGUGAUCCCCCCAUUAAAAAAAAAAAAA